CGUGCGAGUCAGUCGAACGCCAGCUAGCCCCGAGUGCGUAACACAGCAGUCAGCAGCAGCAGGAAGUAGUGAAUAGUGAAAGCAACGACAAGAGUGAAUUUUUACGUAAUCCAUUGCGAUAUGGCCAUACCGUUUUACGAGGACGAGCCGGAAACGGCGACGGCAGCCAACCUGGACGCCAGCCAAAUUACCGACGCUGAUCAGGUGGACGGCCCGCCGCUCAGCUAUAGCAGCAAUGAUGCGAACGGCUACGAUCAGGUGGACUACGAAGCGCCAUCUGCAUCCGCAUCCGCAUCGGCAUCGGCAGCAACAAGUAACACACAAGCCACAUCCACCGACAACAAUGAGAUGCCGCCCAGCACAGAGGAGCAGUUGCUUGUUUGGAAAAUGUUAGCAUUAGCCAUGUGCAAGGUGCUGAAACAAUUCUAUCUGCAGCAGAAGAAGCAACAGCAGCCGGGCAAAACCACAAAGCUGACGGCCACAGUGCAAAUACAGCCGCAAGCGCAGUAAAGCUUGACUAAAGAGAACAAGAACGAGAACGAGAACGACGACGAAUUCAAGGCCCCACUCAAAACGAGGCCUCUGAUGGCUCCUAAGCGCAACUUGUGAUUACUUUUCGUUGGUGAGAACUAGCGCUCCCUAAGCUAAACAGGGAGAGACAAAGAAAGAGAGAGAAUGGAUGGGAGAGAAAAUUUAUGUGAACGAUUCGCAAAAAUCACAAAAAUUCAAGGAAAACAAAAACUGAAAAAAAGAAAUUUCAUAGUUUUGUAUAUCGUUUUAAUUUUCUGGAACAAGUCAAUCUGAGUUUUGCCGUCGCUCGAGAAAGUAAACAAUUUGUGUUUUUGAAGGCUGAUUUGAAAUGUUUGGAUAAGCGCAAAUGUGAUAAAUAAUUUUGCUAAAAAUUGUAUUUUAAGUGCUCACUGUUUUGGUAAAGUUAUUUAAGCAUCAAAAUUAAUUCAGAUAUUAUGUGAAAUGAAAUGAAAUGAAUAUUUUUCUAGUUUAAUUUUAUUGAAUUAAGUUACAGCAGAAUGGUCGGCCCAGUGCAAGCAGCAGCAGCAGCUAGUUUUCAGACACAGAUACGAACCUAAGCUUAAGUCCAAUUUUUCUACUAAUAGAUGUGUAACAGUUUAUAUAUAGAUAAUAGUUCAUAAGUUUAUAUAUAUAAAUUACAAACUUUUACAAAACAAAAAAAAGAAGAAAAUAUUAAAAAAAAAAAAAACUCUCUUGGUGUCUAUUUACAAACAAAUCGCAUCGAUUUCACUCUUAGGUAGUUGGCUUCUUAAACUAGUUAUGCAAAUAUUAUAAAAAAAUAUAUAUAUACACAUAUAUAUAUAUAAAUAUAUUUUUGUAUAAUUAUUUUGCUGUUAAGUGUAAUCGAUGUUCAUGUAUGUGUAUAUGUGUGUCCAUUUCAUUUCUAGGUCCAUUAACAUAAGCAAUAUAACUAAGACUACGCGUAUUUCAAGCAAAGACAAACUACAGUAAAUACAUUUUCGUGUCACGAGCAUGAACACAGUACAAGAAAACAA